AUGAACCAGGUUAUAAGCUCUGCAGAGCUGCCUUUGGAUGCUGACGUGCAAACUAGCAACUUGCUGAUAACCUUCUUGAAGUACAGCUCGAUUGUGAUGCAGGACACAAAAGAUGAGCACCGGCUACACAGUGGCAAGCUGUGUCUGAUUAUCCUGACAUGCAUAGCAGAGGAUCAAUAUGCUAAUGCUUUUCUCCAUGAUGACAAUAUGAAUUUUCGAGUAAACCUACACAGGAUGCCAAUGAGGCAUAGGAAGAAAGCGGCAGACAAGAACCUGCCCUGUCGCCCGCUGGUGUGUGCAGUGCUCGAUUUGAUGGUGGAGUUCAUUGUAACACACAUGAUGAAAGAAUUUCCUAUGGAUCUCUAUGUACGCUGUAUUCAGAUUGUGCACAAGCUGCUGUGCUACCAGAAGAAAUGCAGAGUGAGGCUUCAUUACACAUGGAGGGAGCUCUGGUCAGCUUUGAUCAACUUGUUGAAGUUUCUCAUGUCUAAUGAGACAGUGCUGCUGGCCAAACACAACAUCUUCACCCUUGCUCUUAUGGUUGUGAACCUGUUCAACAUGUUUAUCACUUAUGGAGACACCUUUCUCCCCACUCCCAGCAGCUAUGAUGAGCUGUAUUACGAAAUAAUUCGGAUGCACCAGAAUUUUGACAACCUUUAUUCUAUGGUUCUGAGGAUCUCUACCAAUGCCGGUCAAUGGAAAGAGCCUGCAAGCAAGGUGACCCAUGCAUUAGUCAAUAUUAGAGCCAUCAUCAAUCACUUCAACCCGAAGAUAGAGUCUUACGCUGCAGUGAAUCACAUAUCGCAGCUCUCCGAGGAUCAGGUGUUGGAAGUGGUACGGUCCAACUAUGACACGCUGACCCUGAAACUGCAGGAUGGGCUGGAUCAGUACGAGCGCUAUUCGGAGCAGCAUAAAGAGGCUGCAUUCUUCAAAGAGCUGGUGCGGUCCAUCAGCAUCAACGUGAGGAAGAACCUUGCUUUCAACACGCUGAGCCAGGAGCUCCUGCUGAAGGAAUUCUCUACGAUCUCCUGAAGCAGGGGAGCAACAGCUGCGCAGGGCUGACCAGAGAUGGGCCUGUCUCGCGGGGACACCGUGGGUCCACGGCUGAUCGCCCCUCGCCUUUCACCUGCAGAACAGACUGCAUUUUUUCCAGGGGAGAGCCUUGCUGCUGUGUGUUUGAUCCCAAAGGCAUGUGUUUCAAUAGGACUGUGGCUGAGAGAGGUGAUUGGCAUGUGGAGGAGGAGGAGGAAGCAAUUCUGUAAGGCGCCAUGGGGAUGGGCAGCUGUUUCUGUCACGUAGUGAUUCCCUCUGCAGCCUCAGGGAAAAUGCACUGGAAACCUUCGUAGCAGAGGUGGGGAGAGCUCACAACCAAAGUAAUAAAAUGGGUCCAGCUGUGUGAGGCAGCUCUGGGUUGAGGUUGUUGUCUGUUCCACAGGAAAGCUCUGACCCCAGGCAAGGGCUGCCCUUUUCGAGUAGCCUGGAUCAACCCUCCCCUCCUCCUUGUAGGUCAAAUCCAUUGCCAUCCCACUGGGAGUUUAGGGAGGAUAUAAACCAGGUUCCCAAGAGAGCAUAUCCUGAUCACUGAUGGUUUCAGAUGUCAGAAAGUGUUGUUUGAAUCAAGCCAUCAAAUUACUGGAGGAGAAAUUUUGCCUCCAAGCUCAGCUUAUCAGUCCAGCUUGUUGGUCCGGCCUGAGCCAGUAUGCAAGGGUAUGUGUCAUCGUAGUGAACCAUCUGCAACAGGAGACCACCUCUGCUUGGGGUCACCCUUGCUCAUCUCAUCUCUGCUGUUUCCAAGGUUGAGGGACAUUUUGACGUAUUUCACUUCCUUGGGGCAGAGGACAGGCUGACUCCCACCCACACUCACUCCCCUCGUUGCCCAUCAGAGACUGCAUUGUGACAAUCUUCCUCUUCCUCACUGGAAUGUCUGCCUUGCACAUUUGCAAGUGCCUGGUGGUCUUCAUGAGCUAACAAGUCCCCAGUUUUUCCCCUCGUGUAGCUUGCAGGUACUGCAGUUAAAAAGAGGAGUGGUUACUUCACUUUCUAGCUUGUCCUGUCUUCACUGAGUGACUCACCACAGACUUCCUAAGGAAGAGCUGCGGGAUGAUGCUCCGGGGUCACAGGGAGACCUUUCUGCUCAAGAGCCAGCGUUUCAGAGGUGCCCGUGUCAGAUGGAGCCGUGUCAGGCUGCCAACUCAGGAACAUGCAGCACAAACACCUUCUCCCUGCUCAUGCAUUUUCAGCUCCCGGCAGUGUAUGGUAGGACAUGGUAUGACUUAGUGGGUUGAACUAGAGAAGUUAUGUACAUCCCAGAUCCACUUUUUUCCCCUAAAAAACAUG